UCAAAGACGCUGUUGCACAAAACUCUCAAAAGUCUUCCCCUAAAUCUUUUCCUUUUUUUAUAUUCUCAUUCUCGCUCUUAGGUCUUGUUAUUACAUUGCAUUACAUUACAUUACGUUACCUGUAUAUAAUAAGGGGUUUAAAUUGACUUUCCGAGUCGAAGUGCAGAAAACUACAAAGAUGCAAUAUUGUAUGGUCUAACAAGAAUGCCCGGCAAAUCUUUAGCUGCUCGUGAAACCACUUAUUCUAGAGGUUUGGAUCAGAUGUGCCGCCAUGAAGCUCGACUUCGUUUGUCUCCAGAAGAGCAGAAUGCAGCUGAAGAAAGCCUUUCAGUAUAUUGCAAGCCUGUAGAACUAUACAACAUUCUUCAAAGGCGUGCCGUCAGAAAUCCAUAUUUUCUUCAAAGGUGUUUGCACUACAAGUUACAAGCGAAGCAGAAAAGAAGGAUACAAUUAUCAUUAUCCAUAUCAAAUACUUCUAAUGAUGGACUGCAACCUCAGAGCUUACUUCCUCUGUACAUGCUAUUGGCAAGACCAGUCUCUACAACUGUGGAGGCACAGUCUACAGCUGUUUAUCGCUUCAGUCGUGCACAUAAGUUAACUGUCAUUGGUGGGGUUGAGACAUCAAGUGCAGCUCGAGCAAACUUUAUUCUCCCUGAGAUGAAAAAACUAUCAACAGAAGUAAAAUCUGGUUCUGUUGAUGUGUUGUUGGUGAGCUGUGCUGAUACUGCAAAUUCUCAAGAGAUCGAUCUUACCAAGGAUCAUCUGUUUUUUGCCUCGUUGAAUCGUGUCAAUUAUUGCUUGUUUGGGAAGAUUCCAAUGGAUAUGCUAUAUUCUUCAUGGGAGAAAUCUCCAUCAUUAAGUUUAGGAGGGAGAGCCGAGAUGGAGUCAACAGUUAUUAUGCAGUCCUGCUAUAUGAAGUUGAGUUGUUUGGAUGGGGGAAAAUGUGUAUCAUUUCACUUUCCAUAUAAUCCUGAAAUUGUGAGCAUCUUGCAGCAAGUACCAGUCAUCAUUUCCGCUGAAGAAGUUGGUUCGAAAAAUAUGUCUUCUUAUGAUAUGUACUCGUACAAUGAUAAUCCCGGACCUGGUAUUAUGAGGUUGAGGUCUGGAAAUGUCAUUUUUAACUACAAGUACUACAAUAAUAGGUUGCAUAGAACUGAAGUUACUGAAGAUUUUUCGUGUCCAUUCUGUUUGGUGAAAUGUGCAAGUUACAAGGGCCUGAGAUUUCACUUGACUUCAUCUCAUGAUCUCUUCCGCUACGAAUUUUGGGUUACUGAAGAGUAUCAAGUUGUGAUUGUAUCUAUGCGAAGUGAUAUAUGCAGCUCUGAGAUAAUUCCUGACAAUGUUGAUCCCAAACAACAAAUGUUUUUCUAUUGCUAUAAGUCUGCAAGACGCAGGAAGCCAAAGGGUCCAACUCAAAAUGCAAAUCAUGUGCAUCCACUUGUGCUAGAUUCAGCUGCGUCAGCGACUCUGAAUGAGCUUAUAGACAAUACAGAUUGUGUACCGGAGUCCAUGGAACACGAUGCAUAUAGUCCUGAUGCAAGUGCUACGUGUCAUUCGUUUGCUGAACCAGAGUCUGUCCAAUCGGUGCCUGAAAGCAACGUUACAUCUACUCCUUUGCUUCAAUUUGCGAAGACAAGAAAGUUAUCUGUUGAACGAUCUGACUCUAGAAAUCGAGCCCUGCUGCAAAAGCGACAGUUCUAUCACUCACAUAGAGCUCAGCCAAUGGCAUUGGAGCAAGUGGUUGCAGAACGGGACAGUGAAGAUGAAGUUGAUGAUGAUGUUGCUGACCUUGAAGACAGAAGGAUGCUUGAUGACUUUGUUGAUGUCUCCAAAGACGAAAAGCAAAUGAUGCAUCUUUGGAAUUCGUUUGUGAGAAAGCAACGGGUGCUAGCCGAUGGCCAUAUUUCAUGGGCAUGCGAGGCAUUUUCGAAAUUACAUGGACCCGAUCUUGUUCAGGCCCCAUCACUGCUUUGGUGUUGGAGAUUAUUUAUGAUUAAAGUAUGGAAUCAUGGUCUUCUAGACUCGCGGACAUUGAAUAACUGUAAUGUUAUCUUGGAACAAUACCAAAGCCAAAGGCAAAACAUGGAUCCUAUUAUAGUUGAUGAUAAGUAAAAUAUUCAGACAUAUUGUAGGUUGUAGUGAUAAGUGAUUCAUUUCCCCAUAUAAUGUUCGUUAUAUAUGUAUUACUUACCAUCUCCCCUGGUAUCAUCCAACCAUGAAUAAGAUCUGAUAUUUUACCAAAUUGUUCAUGCCCUUCAUUGUAUUAGUUUUGUUGGAGAAUAAAA